GCAUUUGCCAUCCUUGCAGCAGGCGGGAGACCCUCCCUCUCUCUCCCUCUUUCGACAUGAACCGACUUUCUCCCGUGCCUGGCGGAGAUCGGCCCUGUCUCCCUCUCUUUCGGCCUCUCGUCUGCUCGCUCGUUCGCUGACCGCUCGCGCACAGGCUUGCAGCCUCCCCCUUCACCGACGGGAGGCGUCGCCCACUGGCAGCACUCUGGAGUGAUACAAAGCGGAGGAUGUCCUCUUCUUUUGGGCGAUUUGUCCCAUCGCUGGACCUGGCAUUGCCAUAAAGUGGUGCGGAGACCGAACCUCGAAAGCAGAGUUGUCAAGGAGGCGAGUGGAGGAGAGUUUCCCGGCCCAGAAGAAACAGGGUCGUCGGUAGAGAGAGGGUGAGAGAGCUGCACACUCGAGAAGGAAAGAGACCCAUCUGUGCAGGUCCAGUCCAUAUCUGUGCUCAGUGUGUUCCUCGAGUCAUUUUCCGUUGCUCGCUCGUGCUCUCUCUCGACUCUGGCCGGUACUGUAGAUCGUCCAUAGAUCUAGACCUCCCGAGGCAGAAGAGGACGGAGGCUGGUAAGCCUGACCAGCAGUUACCCAUUUGCUUGAUCACCGUUGCCGUUGCGAUUGCCAUCCUUAGACGUCGCCGUCAAAGACGCUGCCGAUCGUCGUCAGUUCUGUCUUCCUCUAUCUGCUUGCGUUUGUCUGUCUGCAAUCGUUUCCAAGGAAGGGGAAGAGAGUCGAGGUAGGGGUUGGGAAACGGAGGCGUGGAAGUUGCCGAGGACGGGGUAGGGUGGUGGUCAUCUUCAGUGCUGAGAGAAGCGGAGAGGAACAACGAGGUUAGCGGAUUGCGCUUCAACCGUCGAGCAGAGGGAACCGAGACAAGCGCCAACGUCGUGGAGUCUUUUGAUAUAUUUCGGUAAGAUAUUGGAUAGGAGUGGCGCAUUUCAUCACCUGAGUCCCGCUUGAGAUCGUGGUUUGCUGAUCUCUGCGCGGAUUGGGUUUACUUCUUUUGUGUACACGGCUGAGGAAGCAUCCGUGUAUAUACCACAAUGGCUGCGACAUGCGCAGCUGCGCUCUCCAUUCUAGGUGUCAUCAUCGCUGUGCUUACAGCUCCUAAUUGUCUAGUGGAAGGGAAUGUGUUGGAUGCCAUUGGGCAAGUAGCCAGUCAAUUGUCGAUUCCAACCCCGUCAAUUCCGUGCCUGGACGAGUACCAGAAAGUUGAGGCCGCCUGCCCCGCUGACAUACAAACCCCCGAGCAGUGUCCUAAGGAAUGCCGGCAAGAGCUGAAGAAGUUCGACGCCUGCGCCACCAAGGCCUCUCAAGAAUCAGGAAUGGUGAACAGCAGUUUCACGGACAGCGUCAACCAAAUUACCAGCACGUGCGGUGCCGAUGUAGCGGCGUUGGCGAGUUCUCCUCUGCCGGACGCCGUCCCGUCGGAUGUGGUCGCGGGCGCUGCGGCCCUCGCCAGCAAUCCCAACAAUGCUAUGGCUGAGGCGUCCAAGGUUGUGGCGCAAAACUCGAGGGCAAUCGCCGAUGGAGCCAGCACGCUGGUGAACGAUCCCCAGAGAGCCAUAUCACAGGCGUCCGAGGCUGCCAACGCUCUAGCGAGUAACCCAGCUAAGGUCAUCGCCCAGGCGUCGGCAGCUGCAGACGCGCAGCACGUUGUGGCAGUCGCAUCCGAAGCCUCGCGUCGUGGUGUUAAUCUCGCGGCCCCGUCUGCACCUGUGAAAAAAAGCAAGGCCAGCAGUUCAUCUCCUCCAGCGAAACCGUCUGAGAAAGGUGAGGAGCCUGCCAUGCCCAGCGAACCAGAAUUGACUGAAGAAGAGGAGAUGCUCUGGUUUAGAACGUCCGACGACCAGGCCUUUGCCAGCAUGUAUACAUCGAAUGCUGUCAGGGUGGUCCAUCGUACAACUUGCUGGCUCGCGGUCCUUGUCUCUGUCCUCGUCGCCCUACUGUUCCGCGCGUGAGCGUAAAUUAGGGUCUCUCUCGGACGCGUACAUUACUGUUCCUGUCACCUGUGCCAUUCUUCGCGCUUUUUUCACUUCGCAGUUUGGACUCCGGUAAAUAAACUCUGGCGAGACACUGCACUCCGUGCCUCGUGGGAAAUCGGAGUUGUACGCCGAACUAAACUCUUGUCGCCGUUUGAGAGUUCUUCGUUCGUUCUCGUGACCACGGCCACUGCAUGCCUGCCUGCUUGCCGCCUAAUGCAAUUGCAGAGAGCAUCUUUUUUUUUACGUGACAGGGUGUGAGUUUGUGUGCUCGGCCCCAGCACCUACAAACUGAAUGUAUAGGCGUGAUGCAGGUGGGUGGCUGGCUGGCUACCGAUAGUUCGCUCGUCUGUUCGUGUCUUCAUUUCCCUGUCAUCUCUGCUGUUUCCCCCCAAUUCGGUUCUCUCUCCCCCUCUCCUUGGCGUCCUUUCUUUUUUGUCUGCUUUUGUUUUCUCUACCGAGUUGGACUUGUGUCUUCUUCCUCCUUUUUCUUCCGCCUUAUUUUCGUUUCCAGCUCUCCUUUCGUCGUUGACUUUCUCACCGGUCUGCGUUGGCACCCUCCCUGGUCUUUUGGUGGUCCCGCUGAGUCACGACGCUCGCAUUGUCGUUCCGCUGCCUCCUGUGAGCGCCCUUUCCCCUCGCUUUCCUUCGUUCGCUUUGGGCGCAUCGUGGUCUUCUCUCUCCCAUCUUGACCUCACUAAUGGUUUCCGCACUUUGAUACCGUCUUCAUAUUUUCCUCUUCGUCUUCAUAUUUUCCUCUUCCGUCAUUUCACCUGGUGUUCUUCUGUUUCGGUCCCUGUUGUGGCUGUGUUUAUUGCCUUCGGUCGUUCGUUCUUCGUUUUCUUCCACACACAUUGGUGGUGCCACUGUAUCUAUUCGUUCUCAAUUUAUAUGGGGCUAACAUUACCUGCCCCUCUUCUUAGACGUCUCUGCGUAGAGUUUGUCCAUAUGUCCCUUUUCAAUUUUCAUUCUUACCCUUGGUUCAGUAGGCUGGCUGAUAUUUUACUACGGUUGGUAUCGAAGGUACAGGUCGGUUGGGGUUGUUCUCGGUUAAGUCGGGUAAUUACAUUGAUAACUGUAGUGCUAGUCUCAUCGUAAUUGGUUUUUGCAUUCGUUAUUUCAUAUGUCAAAAAAAUAUACAGGUCUACCAAUUAAAGGGAUUGGCACGGAAUGAGCGGUUGACGAAUGAAUGGAGGAGCGGAAUGGAUAGAGGGCGAAAUGGACCAGCAACUGGAACCUCACAUUCAAAAGAUCUUUAUAGUACUUGUCUGGGCCCUGGGGGAACGAUUGCGUCUUCAGGGGGUAGGGCGUCGGGUGGCCGUCAUCUGCCUUCUUGUAGGCCUGCCCAAGAGGGAAGAUUAUGAAUGCUCAGAUCCGCUGACAAUUUAUCUUGUGACUUCGUUUCUUGUAAGCCAAUCUCGAAGGUGAAGGAAAAACCCCGAACUGAAUGUUUUUUUCCUUGUGUCGCCUCGGGCGGUUGUCACUGCAGAUGUCUUUUGAAUG